GUUGCCGGGUACUUGAGGUCAGGCAUGCUCCUAGAACAUCCACUGAGAAAUCUUGUGCAAACGCCGAAAAGAUUGUAAUUUAAUAUGAAAUACAGAAAUAGCUCUGCUAAUGACUUUUUAGAUCUGAGCUGUGAAGUCGUAUGCACAGAGGAGCGGCGUAAAAAAGCAAAAAGGACAACGAAACCUGGCCGUCCGUUUUGUCCUACAAAGGCGCCCAGAGUUUGACAGCGGCAGGAUUCCAGUGCGCAGGCCUGACGUUAGGUAAAGUGUUGGAGGAGGACGGCAUUCAGAGGACUACAUGAAACAAUAAAGGCUCUCCUCCCGGUGGAAACACGCACACUUAAACAUGAGAAAAGACGUGAGGAUACUACUUGUGGGGGAACCCAAGGUGGGGAAGACGUCACUGAUUAUGUCUCUGGUCAGUGAGGAGUUCCCAGAUGAGGUUCCCCUACGUGCUGAGGAGAUCACCAUUCCGGCUGAUGUCACUCCAGAGAGGGUGCCCACACACAUUGUGGACUACUCGGAAGCAGAACAGUCUGACGAACAGCUGUAUCAAGAGAUAUCCAAGGCAAAUGUAAUAUGCAUAGUUUAUUCUGUCAACAACAAGAAGUCAAUUGAAAAGGUGACAAGCCACUGGAUUCCCCUCAUAAAUGACAGAACGGAUAAGGAUAGCAGGGUACCAUUAAUCCUUGUAGGGAACAAGUCUGACUUGGUAGAACACAGCAGUAUGGAGACCAUCCUGCCAAUCAUGAACCAAUACCAGGAUAUUGAGACAUGUGUGGAGUGCUCUGCCAAAAACCUGAAGAACAUCUCUGAGCUGUUUUAUUAUGCCCAGAAGGCCGUGCUUCACCCGACAGGGCCCCUGUACUGCCCAGAGGAAAAGGAGCUGAAGCCUUCCUGCAUUAAGUCUUUAACCAGAAUCUUUAAAGUGUCUGAUCUGGACAAUGAUGGCGUCUUAAACGACAAUGAACUCAACUUCUUCCAGAGAACAUGUUUCAAUACUCCACUGGCGCCACAGGCCUUAGAGGAUGUAAAGAAUGUUGUCAAGAGGAACAUGUCAGAUGGCGUCAAGGACAAUGGACUCACACUUAAAGGCUUCCUGUUCCUCCACACCCUGUUCAUACAGCGGGGUCGGCAUGAGACCACCUGGACUGUCCUGAGGAGGUUUGGCUAUGAUGAUGACCUGGAGCUCACACAGGAAUACCUGUUUCCUCUGCUGAAGAUCCCUCCAGACUGCACCACAGAGCUUAACCACAACGCUUACCUCUUCCUUCAGAGUGUCUUUGACAAACAUGACAAAGACAGAGAUUGUGCACUGUCACCAGAAGAGGUCAAGGACUUGUUCAAAGUCUUUCCCUACAUGCCCUGGGGUCCGGACGUCAACAACACAGUCUGCACUAACGAUCAGGGAUGGAUCACGUAUCAGGGGUACCUCUCCCAGUGGACGUUAACAACAUAUCUAGAUGUACAGCGUAGUCUGGAGUAUUUAGGUUACCUCGGCUACUCGAUCAUCUGCGAACAAGAGUCCCAAGCAGCUGCCAUUACAGUAACACGUAACAAGCGCAUUGACCUGCAGAAGAAACAAACCCAGCGCAGUGUCUUCCGCUGUAAUGUCUUGGGGGCUCGAGGCGUGGGGAAGAGUGGGUUCCUCCAGGCCUUCCUGGGCAGGAACCUUCAGCAACAGAGGCGGAUUAGGGAAGACCACAAGUCCUUCUAUGCCAUUAGCACGACCUACGUUUAUGGUCAGGAGAAGUACCUGCUGCUCCACGAGGUGAUGCAGGAUUUCGACUUCCUCUCGGAGGCGGACCUCGCCUGUGAUGUUGUUUGCCUUGUGUAUGAUGUCAACAAUCCACGUUCCUUUGAAUACGCCGCCAAAGUGUACAAGCAAUACUUCAUAGACAGCAAGACGCCAUGUGUGGUUAUUGCCGCCAAGUCAGACCUGCACGAAGUACGGCAGCACUACAGCCUCUCGCCACAUGAGUUCUGCCGUAAACACAAGCUCCACCCACCUCAGCCGUUCACAUGCAACACAACCGAAGCACCCAGCAAAGACAUCUACACUAGACUCACCACCAUGGCCAUGUAUCCUCAUACCCGUCUCCGCUGCAUGUGUGCCUGCAACAGGUGCACCUAUUGCCUGUGUCAGAACCUCCUCAAGUUGGAGCUGCUGCGCAGCAUUAAGGCCCAGCUCCGCAGGGUCGUUUUCAACAGGGUGCUGGGCUGGGUGGAGGCUGUGGGAGGCUGCCUGCUGUCAGAGGAGGAUGUCAGCCUGAGGCAGCAGGUUUCAGCAGUCCCCAACGUGGAGGGGUCCAUCUAUAUGGAGGCCUCUGCCGAGCAGCUUAUCCCUCAGCAAAGGCACAUGGCUCAGGCGGACCUUAAGAACUCCACCUUCUGGCUGAGGGCUAGCGUCGGCGCCACAGUGUUCGCCGUGCUGGGCUUCGCCAUGUACAGAGCACUUCUUAAACAGCGGUGAUCAGACAGCACGAGACGCCUCCUCCACCCCAUCCCUCUGUUGACUCUGCCCCUUGCCUCCUACCUGAAAGACUCAAAAAAAAAAAAAAAAAAAAAAAGACUGGCUGACCAAUCGAACAAUGAACCAAACUCAGCCCAAACUGCACCUCAUCCUCCUUCCCGACGCAUUAUGAACAAGAAACAAAUAAGCCAAGUUAUAGAUACAUUUUAUAUGCAUUUAAACUGGAGUGUAUUCCUUUUGUAGUUUAUGUUGAGGGAAAAAGGUCAAUUACUUUUGAUAAUUCACUAGCCCAUCAGUCAGUUUGUAAAUGCUGACAUUCUGUGGUCUAUUGGUGUAGUGUAGCUCAGAUCACACACCGCUAGACACUGGAUGUUUUCAGCUGAUGGUUGUAUUCCUGUCAUUUUUCUCCUUUUUUUCCCCUCAGGUCAGUAUUAUUAGUUAAUGGUUGGAGAGCAGAGACAAGCAGCCAUACACAGAAACACCACAAAGGGACUGCUGUGUGUUAAUAGAUGUGUAUAUGCAGUAUAUUACUAUGUAUUCCUCAAUGAUUUUAGGACUGGGCAGCACCAUGAGCUGGAAGGAGAGCUCCCUGUAUAGCUCUUCACACCUCACCCACAGCAGGUGGAAGGGAAAACAAUGCUACAUCUAACACUAGAAAGGUCAUGGAUGUCAAGAACUUGUUUAUUUCGUGUGUUAAUUUAUUAACCGUUUUGUUUGUUUUCUUGUCUGUUUUAAGCAGUGAUCGCUGCACCAUGUGAAACAGACAGAGGGAUUUACAUUUUCAUGUAUUUUUGUAUUUAGUAUCAAAGCUGUGUUCAUGGUCUAUGACGACUGUCCGCUUUGGUUUUUAUUUUUCUGAUUUUUCGAUAGAGCUUUGUCCCUUAUUCUAUAUUUUUAUGACAUUAGAGCCACUAUAGAGCAAGAGAUUACGCAAUUAACAGCAGCAACUCCGUGCACCUCUCCCACCUUAAAACUGUCAGUACUGUUUCUUCUCAUUCUUUUUUCCAACAUUUUCAAUAAAGAAUUGUAUGAUCUGGCACAGCCACAUGUGUGUUAUUGGGUCAGGUGAUGGCUAUUUAAUAGCAACAAAGAAAAUAUUGUUUUAAAUAACUCUAAUAAAUAAUAUUUACACCCA